ACUGAUCGGUGCUGGUUCCGCCUGAAGCUCACCGGAACUCGCGGAUCGCGGGUGUGUUGCGAACAAAAGUGUGGUUGACCCUCAAGAGUACAGGGUACCAAAACCCAGAGCCGACGAACAUAUCGGCCUUCGGCUCUCCCAUCGGAGUGCCCAGCUUUCGACGUCCGGUGCCACCGAAUGGUGGAUCACUGGAUUGCUUCCAUUCCCGAUGUUGGCCACGGCGUGCUGCCACCGCGGUGGUAAACCAGUGAUGAUUGAACCCGCGGCGCAGGGCGCUAGGAGCACAGCAACGAGAGUCGCACUAUGUACCCUCCACCACUAACCCGGAUUUGAUUAGUUUGUGAUCGAUUGGCUUUGUGGCGCAAGCGGGCGAAAAAUUUUGAGCGCAAGGUAGAUAGUUUUGGAGUGAUUGUCGUCGUCGUUGGAACACUUCAUUCUGAGCACCGGACUGGUAAACGAGUGAUCAUCGGCAUCAUCGUCACCUAAAGGACCCCAGACACACACACAGGAUACACAGGAUACUCGAUCUAAAAUGAAUAAAGGUCGCUUAUCAACAUGUAUCUGCCUGUGGCUGGUCGUCAUGGUGAUGGUCAACGCACCGCCAACUGUCACAUCGCAGCCGUGCAGCGGAGUCUCGAGUGGACCGUUGGGAAACGCCCUCGCACAGCAACGCACAAAGGGCAGCGCCCGUGCCGGGUUCGGCUCGCCACCGGCCGCGAUAGCAUCGUCGACACCGACGGCUAUCAAGAAGGACCUCUUCAUGUCGCGCGGCUGGGGUGCAUCGGGGAUGCCGUUCUCGAUGUUUUAUCUCAACCACUACACGAAGGCACAGAAAGCUUUCGCACAAACCCAGCUACAGCAGCAGCAGCAGCAGCAGCAACAGCAGUUACUACAGCAACAACAGCAACAGCAGCUGCAACACGAACAGCAGGCGCAACAGGCAGCGUCGCUAAGGAUACGCUCGCAGGACGACACACCGCUCACUCGAACCCAAAAAGAGGUGGCGGCGGCGUCGCUGGUUGAAUCUGUUGGUCAACCGCUUGUUGCCCAGCAACUCCCAUUCCCGGACCGGUACGGCGAAACGGCAGCAGCCGUACACGCGGAAAAACUGCGGACUGAUGCCGAUUACGUUGACAACAACGGGGGCGCCACGGUGAGGGCGGGUGCGAAAGGAAAUGCCACACGCCGCCAGUACACCGUUCCGCAGCUGUUCGUGUCGUACGGCUGGGGCCCGAUGGGUUAAGUGGGUUUCAUUUGCUCUGCGCCUACUUUGUUGUUCAACUACUCUCCGUCAAAUUCCUGCCGAUAAGUGGGCCGAUCUUGGGCCCACUGUUUUGACAAUGAACGCAACGUUCGAAAAGCGAAGAAAAUUGGAAGAUAAAAAAAAACAAACGGAGGUGGAGAAAAAAUUUCCCAAAACCUUUUCACCUAACUUCGUGUACCCUAAUACUUCAUUCUAUGUGUAAUAAAAAGAAGCAUUACAAUUAGUGUUAUAUAUAUAAAAACAAAAAUACAUUAUGAGCAGCAUGGAAAAAUCGAAUCAAUUAACUAUCUUCGUACACUGUUAAAAAAUUUGUACCCAAUAUAAGAACG